AUAAAGGAAAAAUCAUAACAAAUAGUAAGGGUAGUAUAAAAAUCAUAAGAAUUCCAAAAAGUUGUAAAAUUUUUCCCCCGCAAUAAUAAUUAUAUAAUUGCACCCGCCGCUUCUAUUCUUCCAAUUCUGAACCCCUCUGUUACUUACUGCUCAAUUUCCCCCUCGGUCACUCCUUCGCCUUCUGCCUUCCCCGGCCCAAUAAACCUCCCUCUAUCCCCCCUCGAAAACCCCGCCUUUCCGCCUCCUCCGCCGUCUUGGCGGCGGUAGAAUAACAUACCUCCUUUCGCCACCGCCUGCAAAGGUCUAGUAUCCAAGUCAUGGCAACCGCUGUAGCUUCCUCCGACGCCACCGAUGGCCCGGUUCUGAGCUUAAUCAACAAGCGUCUCCGUGCUCUCCGUAAGAAGCACAACCGCAUCAUCCAAAUGGAAGAGUCCGUUUCCCAUGGCAAAACCCUCAAUAAGGAGCAGGAAGAAACCCUCCGUUCUAAACCCCAUGUCGUUGCCGCUAUCGAUGAGCUUGAAAAGCUCAGGCAACCCCUCUCCGUUGCUGUCUCCGAAGAAAUCGAUUUGGCCCUCAAAAGCCGCGGCGGUGUUGAUGAUAAACCUAAUGCUUGCACUUCAGAGGAGCAACCCAGUAAUUGUAACAGUAGCAGCGGUGAUAAUGUGACGGAAGGAGAAGUGCCCGCCAAGGAGAGAGGCGAACUUGACGGCAGAAAUGACAGAUUCGCGGUGGUGGAGGAUCUGUUGAAUUUGCUCUACUUCGGGAGCAUGUUUGAUGUGAAGAAUCAGAAUGAUUUCACUGCCACCAUGUUGACUCGGACUCACGAGAGGGGCUGUUGUUUGACUUACGAUUAUGUCACUGAUGAUGAUGCUGCUGAUCUGUUAGGGGAGAGAGACUUGGACUUGAUUUCAAUGCUUGGAGGUUUACUCAUGUCCCGGCCAGUUAAUUCGAGUUUGUCUCACAAAAAUGCCUUGCAGAGUUGCGUCGAGCAUGCCAGGCUUUGGCUUUCCAAUUCUGAUCAGCUCGUUGGACCCGCUUCUGAUAUUACAUAUGCUGGCCUGAGGGAGAAAUUAAACAAAAUAAUGGCGUCGGACUACUUCACAGCGACGCCAGAGAUGAGGGCGCCUGUUGAAGUAGCUGCUGCUGCGGGAAACUAUGGCUCGUUUCAAGUGCCAGUCCACGAGAAUAUGUUGCCAGCUGAUAUUCCAGGAGUGGAAGGUUCAAUGCUACCGUACGAGCUGAGUGAACAAGUGACUGCAGGAGCUGUAGAUAAUGGAACAUACGACAGUCCAUCAGACCCGGUCAGCGACUUCCAGCAGGUAAACUGUUUUCACUCUCCAAAGUUUCUUGUUCAUUCGAUUUCAGUUUCUUAAGGUGUAACAAGACAUUUUGUUGGCAGGUCGAGGAGGUGGAGGACUUCGCAGAGCAUCAAGAUGAAACGGGCCGGAGGGAUGUGCAUUCCAGGGAACAACAGUAUGUUCCCCGCAGGUCAUCACAUUACCGGGGUUCCCGUGGCAUGAGUGGUGGUGGCCGUAGGGGAUACCCUAACGGCCGUGGAGGGCGUGGUAGUGGCAGGGGAGGCGGCUACCAGAAUGGGGGUGGUCGCCCCCAAUAUUAUGACCAGGGCGGAAAUUACUAUCCAAGGAAUAGUAAUUUCCGAGGUAGAGGGGGCAGGGGUUAUGGUGGGAACCAUAACCAUCAUGGUGGGGGUCAAUCUGGGUAUGCUCCAGUAGAUUCCUAAACCAUGGUGAGAGUUAGCUGUUAGUUUAUUUUGGGGAGGGUAGAUCCAGAACCCGUUGAACUCUUCAAAAAGAUGGAUUAUGUUUUUGGGGAUGGGGGGGUUUAAGUGAAAGUUUGUACUUCUAGAUUUUCGUAAAGUGCUUUUUAUCUUUGCAUAUUGUCGUUCUUCAUUUACUUGCCAUUGUUUGACAAAUGGUAUUAAAAAAAGAGGGUAGGAACUGAGAAACCAUUAUAUGCUAAAACAUUAUAUAAUAGUUCUUCUGGCAAUGACUCGAACUAAAUACAACAUUGUGUAAUUUGCUAUCUGCAAUUUAGCUGGCCAUUUCCUCGAAAUUUAGGAUGUUGCAUCUUCUUUGGACACUUUUAGCUGAACACAAAAGGAAAUGGUGUAGGGCAUCUCAUGGUGCAGAAUACAAUUUGACAUUGUCUUGUAUCCAGUAUCGCAUUCAUACUUUUCAGUUUUGCCAUACAUUUGCAAACAAGAAUAAUGCAAGGAAGACCACCAGAAUUUUGCUUCCACUGGAUGCAACUCACCUGCAGAAUUUCAGCGGACAGCAUUUUCAGUCCAUAGUAUUCUACCCAACGAAUCUUUUAAAAGCAAUCUUACGUUCUAUCUCUUCUAUUGUAGGUACUUGAGGGAAUCUUUUCCAUCACCACUUCUAUCAAAUCAAAACGAUGUUAAUUUCAUAGAACACGAUAAUUUUAACGAAAGUGAUACAUAAAUAACCCA